AUGAGUCUUGUUGAUUCGGAUUCGGAUGAGGAGGAGGAUGCCACGUCCGCUCAGCCAUAUGUAAAUCUCAUGAAGAGACUCAUUGAGACUAACCCGCAAAAGGCAAAGAGGAGAAAGCUUGACCAUGCUCCAGCAGAGGACAAUCAACCAGAGGCAGCGCCAGCGCCAGAAUCUGGCGACGAGGAUGAGAGAGACGAUGAGCAGGAGGAGCAAAGAGAUGUUGACGAAGUUGAAGAGGCUGAGGAGGACACCGCUGAUAUCCAACCCGAAGAUCUCUUUGAUGAGGACGAUGAUCUGGACGAGACCGACCCAUUCGAAACUCACAUCUCAAACCCCGACGAAAACACAGUACCGCCAAGAGUGCGAGCUGCGCAAAACGGAAAAUGGAAGAUGCAACGGCAGCCUUUUGAGUCCACCAGGGCCUAUUGGAGUUAUCCACAGACAGAGGACGGACAGGAGUUGCCAUUACCAGCACCAAUAACGAGUGUUUCGAAUCUGCAUCUCAAAAAACGGCUGAAGGAGGUUAUGGAAUUCAAAAGAUCAACCUUUGGCGUUGUUGAGAAGACCGUGGCACCGUUCCUUUUCAACUAUCGGGAUAUGCUGUACUGCGACAGAACAGUUGGAUCAUCACAGGAUCUUCGGAAUCUGGCGGCCUUGCAUGCUCUCAAUCAUCUUUACAAGACCCGCGACCGAGUGAUCAAGAACAACGCCAGACUCGCCAAAGCCGAUGCCAACGAAGACCUCGAGCUUAGGGAUCAGGGCUUCACCCGUCCCAAAGUUCUCAUGCUACUCCCAACUAGGCAGUCAUGCGUCAAGAUGGUCGACAGCAUUCUUUCUGUUUGCCAACCAGACCAGCAGGAGAACAGGAAGCGUUUUGAAGACGGAUAUAUCGAAAAGCUGUCCAAGUUCUCUGAUGACAAGCCAGAAGAUUUCCGGGACCUCUUCUCAGGCAACGACGACGACAUGUUCCGCCUCGGGAUGAAGUUCACCCGCAAGUCUGUCAAGUACUUUUCUCAGUUCUACAACUCGGACAUCAUCUUUGCUAGUCCUCUGGGUCUCCGUAUGGCCAUCGGUUCCGAAGAAGAAAGAAAGGUCGACUUUGACUUCCUCUCGUCGAUCGAGCUCGUCAUUGUCGAUCAAGCCGACGCUCUCCUGAUGCAGAACUGGGAGCACGUCGAGUUUAUCUUCGAGCACCUCAACAUCCAACCCAAGGACGCCCACGGCUGCGACUUUAGCCGUGUCCGCAGCUGGUACCUCGACGACCAGGCCAAGUACUUCCGCCAGACUGUCGUAUUCUCGGCCUUCAACACCCCCGAGCUGGCCGAGCUCAUGCGUGCCCACUGUCACAACUGGGCCGGCAAAGUCCGUCUCCAACAAGAAUGCCCCGGCACAAUCCAAUAUCUCCCUGUCAAGGCUCGCCAAACAUUCAGCCGCUUCGACGCCCCCACCGUCGCCGCCGACCCAGACGCCCGUUUCAACUACUUCACCAAGGCCAUCGUGCCUCUUCUCACCAAGCGCAAUGCCAAAGACGCCAACAGCACCCUCAUCUUCAUCCCUUCCUAUCUCGACUUUGUCCGGGUCAGAAACUUCUUCGCCAACAACCCCAUCGUGGAGGCUGUCACCUUUGGUACCAUAUCCGAAUACGCGGACAUUCCCGAGGCUUCCAGGGCGAGGUCUCAUUUCCUGACGGGAAGGCACAAGGUGCUGCUGUACACCGAGCGAGCCCACCACUUUAGACGGUAUCAGAUCAAGGGUGUCAAGAGGGUGAUUAUGUACUCGUUACCGGACAACCCGCUUUUCUACCGAGAGAUUGCGGGUGGCUACCUCCAGAAGAGCGAGCAGAGCUUGAUGGUGGAGCACGGACAGGGAGUGGUCAGGGUGAUGUUUAGUAAGUAUGACUUGAUGAAGCUGGAGAGGAUUGUGGGGACUUCGAGGGUAGGAAAGAUGAUCAAGGAGCAGGGGGACACUUUUGAUUUUGUAUAG